AUGUUUGCUGAGGAUGUUCAAAAUAUCGCCUCGUUGAGGCCACAGGAUUCGCAGCAGACAUGUCAGCAGCAACCUGUUGUUGCCGCUGCACCAUUCGCUUCAGUAACACCUAUCCAACAGCCUCAGUCAGAACUUCAGGUUCUGCCUGAUUUGAAUGCCCUUGACAUCGAGUCCCAAUUGAUUGAGUUUGAGACGACCGGAGGCGGUGGUAGUAGUUCUAGUGUUGGCCUCGCCUCUGAUGGACCUUUACCAUCACACCAUCCCACGACACAAACGGCGACGAUGCCUAAAACGAAACACUCGCAGACAAUCUACAUGGCGGCUAAUCAGCAGCAGCAGCAGCAACGGCAGCAUCAAAAAAUGCAGCAAAGGUUCCAAGCUGCUGUGUGUAGGGGUUUUUCGACACGCAUCAUGUCGUCGGCUGGAGCAGGAGCAAUGUCACCGAAGUCACGGCAGUCACCAUUGCCGGUGGUGUAUGAUCAAACACCAAUGGCUUCUGACAGUGGAAUGUUGCCGAGUCAGCAGCUAACGACGAUGCUUCGGCAGGGUAAGCUGUUUCCAAUUAUGAGUGUAUCUCGUGGAGCGGUUCGCUUCACUGCGAACAAGCUAUUUUAUUGUUUAUUAGUUGCAUCGGAUGCUCGGUGUGUGAAAGGCAAGUGCUUUCUUAUGUGGUAUCGUUGUGUGCCAUUUCCUCCUUGGCGAAUUGAGCAAGCUAAUUAA